AUGUUUGGGUUGAAGAAAAAGCCUGCUCCCGAGUCUUACCUAGAUGCGGUUUCUGUGGUGCGACAAGCGCAACUAAACAAUCCCAUUGCCCGAGGCACUGCAGCUGUAGUAUCCGCUGUAAUGCAACAACCACCACCACCACCAGUCCCAGACGGAUGGAGAGCGACUUGGCUCCCUCACGAUAAGCAGUACUCCUACCUCCACAUCGCGAGCGACUAUGUCCAGUUCGGAUAUCCAGAUGGGCAGACCAUUGCGAAGUAUGCCUCGCAGCCGCUGAGGACGCCUCCAAUCGUAUCUCCACCCAUUCCCCCGCCUUCACAAAUCCUGUCACCGCCAUUGUCUGAAGGACCGCGAGGGACGCCUAUCCCUCCCCUUGUUACGACCACUACAGGAGGAAGCAAUGGCGUAAACCUCAGUACCGACAAUGAGAACCCCACUGGAGCCUCAAUACUCGCCUUGUUUGAUGUAGCGGGCAAUUGGUCGGGGAAAGGGCAGCAUGUCGAGUUUGCGCGGAACGAACACAUACCACUAGAAGAAGGGGCUUCCCUAGGUCGAGGUGCGAGUGCAGAUGUCCACGAGGUUGUCUGUCGAGGGGUAAAGAUUGCAAGGAAACAAAUAUUCUGCAGUCGUCGAAUGAAGAUCGAGGAUGUGAAGCGAGAGCUGGAGAUAUUAAGGAAGCUCGACCACAAACAUGUUGUUACACUGCUCGGGUCUUACACGCAGAGAAUGGUCCUGGGCAUAUUACUAUAUCCGGCGGCUGUGUGUGACCUGGGCGUAUACCUGGAUGAGUUAGACGAGGACCUCCGAUCAGGCAAUUCGGAAUUGGGGGAAGCUAUGUCCAAGAUAUGCGAGCGUUUGGGUAUACCGGAAAAUCUAUAUCAUGCAAAGGAGCGCUUGAGUCGAAUUUACGGAUGUCUUGCGAAUGCGGUCCAAUACCUUCAUGACAGCGAUGUCCGACACAAGGAUCUCAAACCACGAAAUAUCCUCCUUGAUCGUAAUGAUGGCCUUUUCGUUACAGAUUUUGGGCUUAGCAGAGACACUACUGACGCUUCUACAAGCGUGACGAAUGGAAUCGAACGUGGAACAUACAAAUAUUGCGCCCCCGAAGUUGCUCGGUAUGAGCCUCGAGGUAGAGCCGCUGAUAUUUAUUCCCUUGGAUGUGUAUUUCUUGAGAUCAAUACUGUGUAUCGAAAGCUGUCACUCGUGGAGUUUGACACUUUCAGAACCAAGGACGAGGACCACUCCUUCCAAAACAGUCCGGAAAAGUUGAAAGAAUGGAUGACGAGAUUAAGAGCGGUCCCAACAUUGAAUGAUCAGGGUAUUUUUGACUUGAUGGACUUGGUCGAGAAGAUGGUGGCAGAUACGCCGACUGAUAGACCCGUCAUAGCUAAGGUUAUCGCGACAUUGAAAACUCUCGGCAGCGAUAUUUACUUUGCAAGUUGCUGUAGCGUACCUCCAACCAUCGAAAAGGAGUUCCGUGACCUAGUAAUGAAGUACAGAAAAGUGAAGGUUUUAUAUUUCGACAGGGUUACGGAAGUUGAGAGGCUCGAGGCGGCCUUGAAAGAAGAGAGAAUGCAGAUGGACGAUAUGGCAGAGGAGAUAGUAGCCCUCAAGCUCAAUGCAAGUUUCCACCGCUCCCAAUACCAUUGUUGA